UACCCAUGAUGCAUUGCCGCAUCAACGCUCGCAUGCUCACUUGUAUCUACUCACCAUCCAUUGACAGCUGGAACAAAAUGAAUGAAAAACCUUAAAAAUGGCAUAUAGUUGUAUGAACCUAACACCGUUUCUGUGUUAAGGUUGACGGUGAAGGGACGUCGCGACGAGGAAUGAAAAUGACGUUUUGUUUACAAGCGGACAAGUAAGCUAGCAAGCAAACAGGCUAGCGGAUGUUAGCCGCUAUAUGCUAGCAUCUCGACAAAAUGUACGUUCUUUACACAAUAGUCGCGUCUUUGGUCGCCUUUCUUAUUUUGAAAUGGAUGAAAAAGAGGAGGUACUGCACCGACCUGAAGCGACUGGACGGCAAGACGGUUCUCAUCACCGGCGGAAGUUCCGGCGUCGGGAAGGAAACGGCUGUGGCCUUGGCCACGAGGGGCGCUCGUGUGGUCAUCGCCUGCCGAGACCUGGAGAAGGCAGAGGAGGCGGUGAGAGAGAUCAAGUUCAGGAGUCGCAGUCUGACGGUGGCCCACAUGGAGCUGGACCUGGCCAACCUGCGCUCGGUGCGGGACUUCUGCAGGACUUUCCUCCAGCGGGAGAAGAGGCUGGACAUCUUAGUCAAUAACGCAGCCAUGCCCGGCGUCCUCGACUGGACCGACGACGGCUUCAGCAUGUGCUUCGGCGUCAACCACCUGGGCCACUUCCUGCUCACCAACCUGCUGCUGGCCCGCCUGAAGGAGUGCGCCCCCAGCCGGGUGGUGACGCUCACCUGCUCCAGCUACAAGUACCAGAAGCUCGACUUCCAGGACCUCAACUACAACCUGCUGCCCUUCUUCACCUACUGCCGUAGCAAGCUGGCCAACAUCUACUUCAGCCACGAGCUGGGACGCCUCACGCAGGGGAAGGGCGUUGCGUCCUACGCCGUGCAUCCCGGCUUUGUGCGGAGCGGAUGGACGUGUCACUAUUCCAUCCUCUUCCGGGCGCUGAUGCACUUCGUCAUGUGGAUGUUCUUCGUUCCCUGCGAGGCAGGAGCGCAGACCAUCAUCCACUGUGCCGUGUCGGACGACGCUGCCAAGGUCGGGGGUGGCUACUUCGUGGACUGCAAAGCCGCCGCCUUGCGUCCCUUCGCCAGGGACGCCGGCGUGGCCAAGAAGCUGUGGGAGGCCAGCGAGAGGCUGGUCAAACUGCCCUGACGGAGCUUCCUGUUUGCUGAACCAUUGGCAUCGACUGCUGGCAUUCACUCCACAAGAUGGCAGCAGCUGCUUUGGGAGGAUCACCAGUGGUCAGUAUCUUCCUUUGCAUGCGCUUGAAAAUACACUCUUGUUUACAAUCAGCAUGUCCAUCGGCGCUUAGCGCCAUGACAACACUGGUUCUCUUUCUGCUGUGUUGUAUAGAAAUAUAAUAUAAAUGUUGAUACAUGACCGCGUGGUCAAACAGAUAUGUUUUCAAUUUUGGCUUUUUCAUGCACUCCAAAUCAUUAUUACCCUCAUUUGAAAAUAAAUUGACUUGUUGAUAUCAUGAGUUUCGUCCAAAGUGCGGCCCUGGGGCCAUUUGUGACCCGGAGCGUAUUAAAAAUUAAGAUAACAAAAAUGGAAAAUUCAUCAGCAAUUUUACAUAAAAAUUCAAAUGUUGCAUUUUAGAAUAACCAGAUUUUCUUACAAUAAAGUCAGAAUAUUCAAGAAAAAUAAAGUAAUAUUAUGAAAAAUUAUGAAUAGAGUUGUACUUUUGGGAAAUUACUUUCCCAAAAAUACAAAAAAAAUGUACAAAAAUAAAGUCAAUAUAUGAUGAGAAUAAAAAUGAAAACCAAAAUACAAGAGGAGAAUUUGAAUAAUCAGAAAAUGUAAAAACAACCUCAGAGAUGGAAAAUGGUCUCUAAAAAUUUGGUAUUCUAACGAGAAAAAAUGUUUGGAGAAUAAACUAAUAUGAGGGAAAAUAGUAAUUUUAAUAUCUUUUUUUUAAAGUUGUAAUAUUAUGAGAAACAAAACAAAAUAAAAGCAGCCCAAGGCUGUUUUUAUUUUACUGGCACAUUCCAUAAAUUAUAAUUUGAAGAAGAAAAAUGUAAGAAUAAAGUGAAAAUAGUAAGAGAGAAAAUUAGGAAAAAUCCAAAUUUUACAAGAAUAAUGUCAUACUAUGAGGACAAAUAAGUUCAUUUCAGUUGCAUAUGAGAAACAAAAGUAAAUAUAGUUGUCAUUUUGGGGAAAGAUGUUAACAUGCAGAAGUCUGAAUUUGUACGAGAUGUUUAGAGAAGUCUACAUAUCAGGUGCCUGCUCUCUCUGCAGUUGAGUAACCACCGCCUGGUGACAUCGAGCAAUAAAAAGGCGCCCUGCUGCCGUUUGUGUACAUGGAUGUCCAUUUUAUUGAUCACAGCUGAUAGCACAAGGAAGAGAAAAGCAUGUGAAGCACACCACAGAUCACAGAUCAUCGUAUCCAUGACAACAACAGAAAGAAAAAGUCACAGCAACAAAAGAGACAAGGCGUCGACCAAACGGAGGCGGGCGCCUCCUCGCAAGCGUCUGCCGAUCGGUGGUCUUUCGUGUCUGUGGAAGCUCGCCACUUUUUGUUUGUGCUUGACCGUGUUGCGCCCCCUGCUGGAGCUCCACAACGUACCUUCUCUCAGCGUUUAUGUACAAAAAAACAUGCAAAAUCCUCAUGGACAAACU